GUGUCAAUGUUAAUGUUUAUUUGCGAGUUUCAUGCAUCCGUUUGACACCUUAUUCCACUAUCGGAUGUUCAAGACACCUAUCAAUUGGGCCAUCAUAUGAUCUGUCUAGAACGACAUGGAAGCGUAUGACAUGACUUUUCUUUCAAAACCGCAAAUGCUGACUGCUACUUGUGGGUUUCUCAACAUCGCGAUAUAUCCAAUCAAACUGUUCGCGGACAUAUGGCAAAGAGCGAACUACUGCGCCGCGUAGAGUCAAGUAUAGCUAACAUAAUCAGGCAAACAAAGGAAAUAAAUCAACUCAUGAAGAAAACAGUGGACCAUAUAUCGAUUGUUCGGCAUCGAAGUAUCCUAUCUCAUAUACUUCCUAACUGCUCCAUAGCAUUACUUAGGAGUAGAUGAGAUCAUCCGAUUCUGCUGUCUGGUUGAAAAUGCUUCACAUUAUGAGAAGACUCUGUCUCCGUGAAAUCCACCACACAUUUUUGGAAAGCGGCAGCUUGCGUGAUGAGACAUCGUAUUCAAGCGCCGAAUCAAAAACUACGCUGCCACAGGUUUUGCCUUACGGGAGUUUUUUUUUUUUUUUUUUUUCUUUCCAUUCUUUCAGCAAUUCCCUUCAAAGGCUACCCAUUUUCACUAUUUCACUAGGAGCGAUACUUCUACCAACCAUGCAACGGCGUGGCAGAUCCGCCAACGGUUCACGACGACGACAGCCGCUUGCUCAAACACAAUCUUCUUCAGAAGACGACAGCUCUGAUUCUGGCUCAGUGACACGAUGUAUAUGUGGCGAAAUACACAAUGUCGGCCUCAUGGUCCAAUGCGAUAAGUGCGAAGUCUGGCAACAUUGCUCUUGCAUUGGUCUCUUGGAACAAGACAUUCCAGAGCAGUAUUAUUGUGAAGAAUGUCGUCCAGAGAAUCAUAGUUGGAUUAAGCAACCUAAUGGAAGCAAAAGACUGUAUCAUCCUGAUGGUUCGUCAGAUAAAAAGCAACAGCCCAAGAAACGAAUGACAAAUAAUAGCCGUGAAGCUGAUGUACCGUUAGCAGAUAUUUUGUUAAGUCGGGCGGUUGUCAACGGAGAAGGACCUGCGACCGUCCCCAGUGACGAAAACACUAAAGAGGAAGUAGAAGAAACCAUCGUGCUACCUCCUAUUGUUGAAGGAAUUGAAGAAGCUGUUAAACGAAGAAGUCGGAGAAGUGUGGAAGAAGCCCAACAUGCAGCAACCCUAGCAGCCGCAGCCGCCGCCGCCGCAGCAACCGCACACAAACGAUCACGGAGUCAUAGUACGGAAGAAGAAAAGCCAGCAGAACCCAAAGAUGGAAUACCUGAAAUUGGACUUGAAGAAAGCGAUACUGAUAUCAAAAGCAAACGACCAAGACGGACUGGCGGUCAACGAUCGAAUGGCGAUAAAAAACUGAUUAUGCCCAAAAAGCAGCCUGGCAGGAAAGGACCAGCCAAACGAACCAAGAAUGCUCGAUCACGAACGUCUACACCACAAUUAUCUGAUAACGAAGUCAUGCCACCACAGGAAAAGGUCGAAGAAUCCAGCGCUCCAGCCAAGGUCCGGUACCCGUCUGCUAAGAUGAGUCUAUGGGAGAUGAAUCGUAGAGCGAAACAGAUUCUGGAGUACAUCAGCUCUGUUCAAGUGGAGAUGGCCAACAAGCCAACCCCUCUCAAAGGCAAGGCAGUUGAAGACGGUUCAUCUGCCCGUCUCGAUGUACCAGCAUCACCGGCAUCCUCCGUGAGCAGUGCUACGACUUUACCGCUGGAUUCGCACACUGAAGAGCCAGGGGGUGGUGAGCAGACGUCGCUGGAGAUCAUGGAUCGGUUAACGCGCGAAUUGAUCAAGUUUCAGAAUAAAUUUAGCACGUCGUCUUACCACCCUCCUUCAAGGCAGGCGCUGGAUCCAAUGCCAAACACCAGUAGUGCCGAAGACCACAGUCUAACGGUCCCUACUGCCAGCAACGCUUAAAUGCAAUCCUAAUGCGCACCUAUAAUUAUACACAACCCCCAUUAACUAACCUAGCCGUCUCUGUGUUUUCCUUCUACUACCUUCGCUUUUGCAAUGUUUGUACAUAUUCUUUUCCAAUCAACAUAGUAUUUCCUCAAUUCAAUAUGUGUCUCUCUCUUUUAUUUCUAUAUUAUUCCAAUGGGAGUGCAUUCUCUCUCUCUCCACCCACAUUUCUCCUCCCACACUACACCAUACAAUAAAAAUUUGCACGUUACGCAAAUCAAAACAGCAUUACUUACC